AUGAAUGAUAUUCAUACCAUAAAUGACGAAAAUGAUAAGGAAGAUGAUGUAAACGAAGCCAGUGGUAUUGACAAUGAUAGUUCAUUGAAAGAUAUAUACACUGGACAAACAUUUAAAUCAUUCAAAGUACUUGAAAAAUGUUUGAAACGAUAUGCAAACCAAACGGGCUUUGAGAUUAGAACAGUAAUAUCUGAAAAAGAAGAUGGUACCUGGUCCAGAAAAACGCAUAAACGUAUCAUGGGGGCAAAUAUGAAUAUAAGAAAAGCGUCUGGAUCUGAUAUUUUUAACCAAUUCGUUGGCGAUCAUAAUCAUGCAUUACAAAGUGCAUCUGCUCUUCACUGUAUUACGCAAGAUACCAGACAAUAUCAUGGAAGAGGUACAAUUCUAUGUUCAAAAGUGUCAUCUGGUGCUACUGUUUUAAAGAGUGUACCAUGA